CCCCAAUAUCCAUCCUUCCCUCUCCUUCUUUUCUUUGCGCAGGUCGCUUGCUAGAGUUACCCCCCGAGACCAUCGCGCUUCCCUAUCCCUCUCCCCCGUCAUCAUGACUACCGAGCGGUUGCGGGUGCUCAUUGUCGGCAAUGGCGGCCGGGAACAUGCGCUGGCCUGGAAGCUGAGCCAGUCGCCCCGCGUCGACACUGUCUUCGUCGCUCCCGGAAACGGUGGCACCGGCAGUGGUGCCUCGGACAAAAUCCAGAACGCCAACGUUAAGGGUGACGAUUAUCCUGGACUAGUAGCCUUUGCGCAGCGAAACGACGUGAACUUGGUGGUUCCUGGCCCUGAGGCUCCUCUCGUGGACGGUAUCCAGGGUUAUUUCCAGGCUGUCGGAAUUCGAUGCUUCGGUCCCUCCAAGGCUGCGGCCCGCAUGGAAGGCUCCAAGACCUUCUCUAAGGACUUCAUGAAGCGUCACAACAUUCCCACUGCCGCCUAUGAGAACUUCUAUGAAUAUGAGCCCGCGCGUCAGUACCUCGACUCUGUAUCCCACCAGGUCGUUAUCAAGGCCGACGGCCUCGCGGGUGGUAAGGGUGUCAUCAUUCCUACCACCAAGGAGGAAGCUCACCAGGCUCUCCGUGAAAUGAUGGUCGAGAACCAGUUUGGCAAGGCCGGCAGCGAAGUCGUUAUCGAGGAGUACCUUGAAGGUGAUGAACUUAGUGUUCUCACUUUCUCCGACGGCUAUACCAUUCGUUCUCUUCCCGCUGCCCAAGAUCACAAGCGCAUCUUCGACGGGGAUCAGGGUCCUAACACCGGUGGCAUGGGCUGCUACGCCCCGACUCCCAUCUCGUCCAAGGCUGUGCUGGAUGAGAUCGAUCGCACCAUCGUGCAACCCUCUGUUGACGGCAUGAGGAGAGACGGAUUCCCUUUCGUCGGCAUCCUAUUUACCGGUCUUAUGAUGACCAAGGACGGCCCUAAGGUCUUGGAGUAUAACGUUCGCGGUGGAGACCCUGAAACUCAGACUCUGCUGCCGCUGCUGAGCGAUGACACCGAUUUGGCUGAGAUUAUGGUCGCCUGCACGGAGCACUGGCUUGACGGCGUCUCCAUCAAAAUCAAACCCAACUUCUCCACCACGGUCAUUGCCGUCGCCGGUGGCUACCCUGGCUCCUACGCCAAGGGCAAGAAAAUCACUCUUGACUCCCCCGCCGAAGGAAAUCUCAUUUUCCAUGCCGGCACAAAUCUCGUUAACGGCGAGCUGCAGACGGCGGGUGGCCGUGUCAUUGCGUCCACCGCGACCGCUUCCAGCCUCGAAGAGGCCGUUCAGAAGAGCUAUGCGGGUAUCUCCACCAUUCAAUUCGAGGGCAUGUUCUACCGCAAGGACAUUGCCCACCGGGCUUUCCGCCAACGCGACGCUGCCGCCGCUCAGAAGGAUUCUCUUACCUACGCCGCUGCAGGCGUCUCUAUCGAUGCCGGCAACGACCUGGUCAACCAGAUCAAGAGCUCUGUCGCCAAGACCAAGCGCCCUGGUACGGACGCCGUGAUCGGUGGCUUCGGCGGGCUCUUCUCCCUAGCGGCCGCCAACUCCGCCUACGACCCUAAUUCCCCCACCCUAAUUGGUGCCAUCGACGGUGUUGGCACCAAGCUCAAGAUUGCCCACGCAGCUGGUGUACACAAUACCGUGGGUAUUGACCUUGUCGCGAUGAAUGUGAACGACCUGGUCGUUCAGGGUGCGGAGCCCCUCUUUUUCCUCGACUGCUACUCCUGCGGUCAUCUCGACGUGCCCACGGCCGCCGCUUUUGUCACUGGUGUUGCCGAUGGCUGUGUCCAGGCAGGCUGUGCCCUGAUUGGUGGUGAAACUGCUGAAAUGCCCGGCCUCUUUGUCGAUAACACCUACGACGCAGUUGGUGCCGCUGUCGGUGCCAUCAACACGACGGGUCCCAACGCGCGGCCCAUCCUUCCUGAGACCACCGCCAUGAAGGCCGGUGACGUGUUGUUGGCCCUGGCUUCCUCGGGUCCUCACUCCAACGGUUACUCGUUGGUCCGCAAGGUGAUCGAACGCUCUGGUCUUGACUACGAUUCCGCAGCUCCCUUUACCAUGCCCUCUGCCACCGGGCCCCAGACUCUCGGCCAGGCCCUCCUCACUCCCACUCGCAUCUAUGUGAAACCCCUUCUCAAAGCCCUCUCUAUUCCCUCCGCCACUCCCUCCGUUCCCAACUCCUCCGCCAUCAAGGGUCUUGCUCACAUCACCGGUGGCGGUCUCGUCGACAACGUUCCCCGUAUGUUGCCUUCCACCCUCACUGCGCACAUCGACGUGGCGAGCUGGAAGCUUCCAUCCGUCUUCGCCUGGCUCAAGCAGACCGGUAACGUUGAGGCCGUGGAAAUGGCCCGGGCCUUCAACUGCGGUGUUGGCAUGGUUAUCGCCGUUGAGAAGGGCUCCGAGGCCGCCGUCAAGGACCUCCUUCAGAAGGAGGGCGAGACCGUCUACAAUAUCGGAGAGCUGAAGGCCAGAAUCGAGGGUGAGGAGGGAUGUGUCCUUACUGGAUUGGAGAGCUGGGACGCUUAAACUAUUUUGAAAUAAUUUUAUACCUACCGCUGUGGAGUUCCUUUUCCCCUCCCCAUUGUUUUUUCUAAAAUCUGAAUGAAAAGUGUUAUUUUUUUUCCCUUUCAUGCAACCUCUUUCUCGGGAUCAUGUUUAGACGAGGAAUGGUGUGAAAGUUAUCGAGAUUUCUGCACUGGAGCACCACGGCUUGAGCUUGCGUCCUUUUUCUUGAUGUAUCUAUCUAUGGUUUUGUUACAUUUGCCUCUUUACCUGGAGAGUGGCAUGGUUUUCUUGGGCGGCCGGUGGAAUCAUGAGCAUUGAAUGUUGAACUAGUUAUUGGACGAUGAUCUGUUGGUCUCAAAUCAUUCAAACAACUCUUGUUCAUGUCUGUUGAACCAUCCACAAAAUCCGGGUGGGACAGACGCAUUGUUCACAUCUUUCGCAUGAGCCUUCUUUCUGUGUCAUUGGUCUCUUUCUACGCUUCUUCUUGGUGCCAUACCAUCAAACAGUG